UUUACCUUGGCCCCAAUGGAGAGGUGGAGGAGUAUGCUGAUGUUUCCAUCCAGCCCAAUGCAGCUAUCAGCAGUGACCUGUUCCUGGACCAGGCAGAGGAGCACUUGUUUGUCAUGACCAGCUCGAGGCUGGAGAAGAGGCCCGUAGCAGAGUGUUACAGACACCUGGACUGCAACUCCUGCCUCUCUGCCCACGACCCUUACUGUGGCUGGUGCGUGCUGGAAGGGAGGUGCGGCCGCCGCUCUCAGUGUCCUCGGGCGGACAGGCCGGGCCAAUGGCUGUGGAGCUUCGACAUGGAGCAGCACUGCCUUGCCAUCCAGGGUCUGACCCCGUCCAACAUCAGCCGAGAGGAGAAGAGGAAAAUUUUCCUCAAAGUACCGGGUCUGCCAGACUUGGAAGGCCAGGAAUCAUAUUCCUGCUACUUCCAGGAAAACGAGAGUCCGGCCAGUGUCACUGGGAGUGGAGUCACCUGCUUCUCCCCGGACACCAGCACUGUGCCCCUCGGGCACCAGAGUCAAGACUUUGUCACGGUCACCCUGUCCCUGCGCUAUCUCAAUGUCACCGUCGCCACGACGGAGUUCGUCUUCUACGACUGCGGUACCGUGAAGCACCUUUCCGGGACCAUGCCAUGCCGUGGGUGCGUGACCAGCCGCUGGGGCUGUAACUGGUGCGUCCACCAGCACUUGUGCACACACAAGACAGUGUGUGAGAAAGGAGUCAUCAUUUACAAUGAGCAGUCCAAGCUACCGACAGCAGCGCCCCCUACAGUCACGUUGCAGUCGGCUACACCCAAAGCCACUCUGUCUCCUACAACCGCGGCAGCAGCGGAGUUGCUCAGCCCCACUUCAGCCACAGCCGCGGCCACAACGAUGGCCACGACCACAACUACAACCAAAGCAACCAUACCUACUACCACCACUACUACUGCUGGUACUACAACCACUGAAGUCACCACUAUGGCGGCCACCACAGCAGAGCCCGAGCCGACGACGACGGUGGUGCCUCCGACCACCACUCUACCCACAGCUCCUCCUCCGACUACACCUCCAGCCAGUCUUCUGCAGCCUACAGCUGUGACAGAGCCUCCCCCCGUACUCUAUGACCACCUGGAAGAGAGAUCGACAUUAAAGGGGGAUCCAGUUGUGGAAAAUGUCCAUUUUGUGGUGACUCCCACUGGUCAAGAGGAGGGGACGGAGACUGGCUUGCCCCAGGUCUUGCCAGAUGACCAAUCUCCCACCUCCAGGGUCUCUAACCCCUCACCUGUGGCCCUCCCAGUGUACCCCAUCUCGGAAGCGGCGACUGCCCUCCCCACAAGUGACCCCACACCUCCGACCGACGCGCUACCUGUGGCUGAGCCCCCCACUGAAUCUCCACCCCCUUCGGAAGCUUCUAGCACCACUCCUGACUCCUCUCCCUUCCCCCUGGGGCCACCGGCUCGCCCCGGAGAUGUCCUUCCCCCAUCCUUGACUGAAGUCCCACCCCCUCCAGCCACCACUUCCCCACCACCCACCUCCACCCCCGCGGUCACGGUCCCCCCAGCGCCCACCGUGACCCCCGCAGAACAGGGAGGGAGACUCCAUGAGGAGGAGCCGGCGGCGAGGAUGGCCACAGAGAAUGACACGGCCCCGUCUGCGGCGGCUGUGCUGCUCUCAGGCGACUGGGAGUUCUGGGAUCACGGCUCCACGGACUUCCUCCGUCUGAUGGACUCGGACCCAGACUACCAGUACGAGUCAUUCCUGCCGGAGGAUGAGGGGGCCUUCUGGGCCCGGGGGGUGUCGGCGUGCCCCUGCGUGGAGGCGGUCUUGGGUUCUCCUCUGCUGCCUGUCAACGUGGAGAGAAAGAUCACCCUGCAAGGACGCAACCUUCAGCUCUUCAAGGACACGGAGCUGAAAUACGAGUGUGUGCUGGUGAUUGAGGGAAGGACGGCUGUGGUCGACUCCCAUGUGGAAGUUAAUGAGAUGGACUCUUCUCUCUAUGACAUCACCUGCCAGUCGAACCAGUAUUCAUAUUCUGCCCCCGUCGAGGAGUACAAUGCCAUGGUAUACGUCAAACGGAAAGACUCCUUUCAUGUAGACAGCUCCAAGAGUCUUUAUGUCACGUUGUACAACUGCUCAGCGGGCCGUUCGGACUGCAGCCGCUGCCACACUGCACCCCGCAAGUACGGCUGUGCGUGGUGUGGGGGCACGCGACCCGGCUGCCUCUACCGGGACUCCUGUGCCGACCGCAUCGAGCAGACCUGCCCGGCCCCCGUCAUCCACUUUAUCGAACCGACGUCAGGCCUUGUGGAAGGGGGCACUGUGGUCACCAUCUCCGGGUCCAACCUGGGGCAGAAAGCUGAAGAUAUCCAGCACUCAGUCACCGUGGCUGGCUUCCCCUGCACUGUCAACUCCAGCCGCUAUGAGAUCUCAUCUCGAAUCGUGUGCAAGACGUUACCUAGCGGUGGGGAGAAGACCAGCCAAGUGUCCGUGAAAGUGAACGGCGGGCAGUAUGGCCUCUCCUUUCAGAAGUUCAGCUACCAGGACCCAAAGGUGACCCAGGUGUAUCCCCAGAGGGGCCCCAAAGCGGGCGGUACCUCCCUGACCAUAACAGGAAGGCACCUGUGCACGGGACGUGCAGCCGAGGUCAGCGUGACGGUCGGCGGUGUGCCGUGCAUCAUCUCGUCUGAGAUCCGGGAGGACAGCAUUGAAUGUGUGACCGGCAGCACCAACAACACCGGGCCACACAGAGUGACUGUGCACUACUAUGGUGGUGAUCGCCACCUGCAGGGAGAGAUGUACAACUACACCCCGGAUCCCAACAUCAUGCAAGCGGCACCUUCAAAGAGCUUUCAGAGUGGUGGACGGACGAUUCGCGUUUCUGGGCACAACUUGGACGUGGUGCAGGAGCCCCAGAUUCGAGUAACCCUGUCUCCACUGGAACCGCUUGAAUCGAAGAGGAAGAGGAGGAGGAGAAGCAUAGCACACGUGGCUGGGAAGUGGGACAGGCCACUGCAGAGGCGCAGUCGGAUUGUGCCCGAGGCAGAGUGCGACCCUCUAAAUGGCGUGUGCUCGGACAGACAUUUCGUGGAGCUGUGCCAGGUGAACAGCAGCUCCCUGAUCCUAUGUAGCACGCCUCUGGUGGAGGGCUGGACGGUGGGGGCCCGCAUCAAGGUGGAGUUUCUGCUGGACAAUCUGCGCUUCGACUUUGACGACGUCAGCCCCAACGCCUUCAGCUACGAGCACAACCCCAUCCUGUACCAGCUGAACUCGAACGAGCACGGCAUGCCGUACCGCUACAAGCCUGGGAGCAUCAUCUCUGUGGAGGGGGAGAACCUCGACCUCGCCAUCUUCAAGGAGGAGGUUGUGGCCAUGAUUGGGGAGGGGGUGUGUUCUGUGAAGACCCUGACCCGGAACCACCUGUACUGUGAGCCCCCAUCCCAGCAGCCGCUGCCGGCACCCGGAAAGAAACGGGAGGGGAUGGACUCCCUCCCAGAAUUCACAGUCCAAAUGGGGAAUCUGAACUUCUCCCUGGGUAGAGUGCAGUAUGACUCUCUGAGCCAGUCCACGUUUCCUCUGGAGGCGCAGAUCGGAGUUGGCGUAGGGGCCUCCAUCGUAGCCCUCAUCGUGUUCAUCAUCGUCCUCAUAUACAGGAGGAAGAGCAAGCAGGCCUUGAGGGACUAUAAGAAGGUCCAGAUACAGCUGGAGAACCUGGAGACUAGUGUGAGAGACCGCUGCAAGAAGGAGUUCACAGACCUGAUGACAGAGAUGAUGGACAUGUCCAGUGACCUGGUGGGCUCCGGCAUCCCCUUCUUGGACUAUCGCAUGUACGCUGAGCGCAUCUUCUUCCCUGGCCACCGGGAGUCGCCGUUGCGCCGUGACCUGGACGUGCAGGAGUGUCGGCGUCAGACCGUGGAGCAGGGUCUGGUGCAGCUGUCUAACCUACUCAACAGCAAGCUCUUCCUCACCAAGUUCAUUCACACUCUGGAGAGCCAGCGGACCUUCUCUCCACGAGACAGGGCCUACGUGGCCUCCCUGCUCACCGUCGCCCUCCAUGGUAAGCUGGAGUACUUCACCGACAUCCUCAAGACCCUGCUCAAUGACCUGGUGGAGCAGUAUGUGGCCAAGAAUCCAAAACUCAUGCUUCGGAGGACUGAGACAGUGGUGGAGAAACUGCUCACCAACUGGAUGUCCAUCUGCCUGUAUGCCUUCCUACGGGACUCUGCGGGGGAACCUCUGUACAUGCUUUUCCGGGCUAUAAAGCACCAAGUGGACAAGGGUCCAGUGGACACCGUGACGGGCAAAGCCAAGUACACCCUGAACGACAACCGGCUGCUGCGGGAGGACAUAGAGUACCACACCCUGACGGUAAACGUGCUGAUGCAAGGGGGGGGCAGCGCCACCGAAUCGCAGCCGGUCGCUGCCAAGGUACUGGACUGUGACACCAUCACACAGGUGAAGGAGAAGAUCCUGGACCAGGUGUACAAGGGCACCUCGUUCUCCCACCGGCCACACGCAGACUCCCUGGACCUGGAGUGGCGGUCAGGCGUUGCUGGUCACCUUAUCCUCUCGGAUGAAGACCUGACAUCUGUCUGCCAGGGAAACUGGAAGCGACUGAACACCCUGCAGCACUACAAGGUUCCUGAUGGUGCCACAGUAGCGCUGGUCCCCCGCCACAGCAAGCAGAUCCACCAUGAUAACCAUGACUACAUGGCCGGAGAGAAAACUCCCAUGCUGGAGGAUGCGGACGAAGGUGGAGUGAGGCCGUGGCACCUGGUGAAGGCCAGUGAGGAGCCAGAUUUGCCGAAACACAGGCGUGGAAGCUUGAGGGAGAGGGAGAGGGCCAAAGCCAUCCCAGAGAUCUACCUUACACGCCUGCUCUCCAUGAAGGGCACGCUGCAGAAGUUUGUGGAUGACCUGUUCCAGGUGAUCCUCAGCACCAGCCGACCGGUCCCGCUGGCCGUCAAGUACUUCUUCGACCUCCUGGAUGACCGAGCUGUGCACCACGGCAUAUCGGACUCCGAGACAAUCCACAUAUGGAAAACCAACAGUUUGCCUUUGAGGUUCUGGAUCAACAUCAUCAAGAAUCCCCAGUUCAUUUUUGACGUCCAGGCCUCGGACAAUGUGGAUGCCGUCCUGUCAGUGAUUGCGCAGACCUUCAUGGACUCGUGCACCAUUGCCGAACACAAGCUGGGCAGGGAUUCUCCUAUAAACAAGUUGCUGUAUGCCAGAGACAUCCCACGGUACAAGCAGAUGGUGGAGAGGUACUAUGCAGAUAUCAGGCAGACCAUUUCAGCCAGUGACCAGGAGAUGAACUCUGCGCUGGCAGAGCUGUCUAGGAAUUACUCAGGUGAAUUGAAUUACCUUGUGGCCCUGCAUGAAUUAUACAAGUACAUCAACAAGUACUAUGACCAGAUCAUCACUGCCUUGGAGGAGGACAGCACCGCCCAGAAGAUGCAGUUGGGCUACAGGUUGCAGCAGGUAGCAGCCGCGGUGGAGAACAAGGUGACGGACUUGUGACGGCAAUGCCGGUGGGGACCGGAAGAGCUGGAGGGUGACCCCUCCCCCCGCUUACCAGAGAUGGUUGAAACCUCAAUGAGACGAGGAGGGCUGGAUCCAUUUCGUUGCCCGUCUCCAUUCUCCAUGGUGUCAGCAGGAUGGUUUUAUGUUUAGUUUCUUUCUGAGAAAUGUUGACUUUACAAGCUUAGCGAGAUGAACAUUAAGGGCUGGAGGAGGUGCUUUCAGAGGGUCAGGCGUUUCUGCUCUUUCACUGACACAACAAAGAGAGAGAGCAGACAUCUGUGAAGGGGAGUCCUGGCACAGGUUGGAAUCAGAUGGAAAAAGGACGGUACAGGGACCUGGGUGUUUUCCGGAAUGUCCCCCCCCCCCCCCCACAUUAAGCAAACUACAUGUUACGUGAAUCAGAGCCACGUGCCAUUGGGAGUCUGAUGGACAGUGAGAGAAGUGGCUCCAGCUUUGGAACCACUGUCCAUGUUUCUCGCUCGUUUGUCUCAAUGUACAUGUGGCCUGUAUCUACUGAGGUCAGUUUGUUUACUAAGAAUGGCACUAUUGCAUGUGAAUAUCUCGCUCCGUUCUCUUCUGUGGGUAAUGUAUGUGGCAGGUGCUUAUGAAUUUUGGUCAUUGGACACUGCCUGACACUAGAAAAAUUUAACAUUCUUUUUAAAUUGUUUAAAAUGGUAGAAUAAUGAGGGUUCCAAGUUUUUAAAAGCGGUACUCAAUUUUUCCUUAAUUUUCAGCCUAUCAGAAAAAGAAGCUACUGUUUUUAAAAGCUGUUUCUUCCAUAUAAUGUAGCAAGCCCUCCAAAAUGGGCCUCUGGGAUUUUGCCAUGGGUCAUGUAUUUAUUCUGUUUUAGCCUAAAGGGUUUAGCUUUUUUCCCUUUUUAAAACUUACACUACUGAUAUCUGUCCUGACAAUUGUAUAUUUUCCUUAUGCAUUAUUUAUACAUUUUACGAUCAGCAUCGUUAACCUUGUGGUGCAUCCAUGGGUAACGAUCAAUGUGUUAGUUGACAGAUAAGUCCAACCAAAAUGUUUUAUUCAUAAGUAUGGAGAAUAAACAUUGGUUUUGGUUAUUUUUGUUGUAACAAUUGUUACAAUUCAUAUCUAAAGUUAUGUUGUAUAGUAGACAAACUUUCAGACUGCUGAAAAUUAAGAUUGUGCACUUUGACUAAGUUUUUUUUUUUUUUCCCUCUUCAGUUUCUCAGUUUUGUUUUUUUUUUGAUGAAACUUGUUUCCCAUCAUUUAUUAAAACCUGCUUUUCUGUUCCAGUGGGGUGCUUUUGGCAUCCCCUUAGAACUUACUCCCAUACAUGCUGAUAUCCGUUCAUCCUUUACAUUUUCCCUCCUGCUGUUGGGUAAGAGUCACUGAAGGAAAGAUAAAUUUAAGGAACAAUUUCAGUGUCUUGCGUAACUGCAGUUUUUGGUGAACAACUAUAUGCCAAUGGAAGUUUGUGUAGCGGUUUUUAAGGUAACUUUUUUUCACCGCUGUGCCACUUUACUUCUUGGUGGAGCUGACUGGUGUUUUGAAUGCAAGGUGGACAAUAAAUAAAAUUAUAAAUUAGUUUGACCGGAAUUUGAUGCAGCUUUUCAAGCGUUAAGCAGGCGCUGUGGUGCAAUUCACUGUCACCGCUAGAGAGCGACAAAGAAUAUAUUGACAAGGCUCGGUUCAUUCAAUGCGUGGCUGUGCAAACUCGCUAUUUAUUAUUAAUAUGGUAUUAAAGACCGUAUGUAUGAUCAUUUCUUUGCGCACUUUGGUUGGGCUCGUCCAAGGAAUAUAUAUAAAAUGGAUUUCUAAACAAUAUAAAAUCAGUUUAUUCUCGUCAGUUGAGGGGUAAUUAAGAAUUUCAGUGCUGUAACAAGGGUAGGUUUACGCCUUGAUCGAUCAUUUCCGUGUCUCCACGUUUCUGAGGGUUGCCCUUUGAUGGCGCUCUAAUCCCCGGGGACCAGUAGACUUCAAAAUGAAGGUGACAUUCAAGUUGAGAGCGAUUUUAAAUAUCCCAUCCGUCUACGUGUAGAUGGUAGUAGUCGCUGCUUUUAGUAUAAUGAUUGACUUGGCCCCUGUCAGUUCUGUCCUUUGUGUAGUGACCAAAAGAGAAGCAGCUGUCUGGUUACAAACAUCUGCGGACCUUCACGGGUACUAAUGAUCGCCUCCGGGGGAGGUGAAUGCGUGUUUGCCUUGAAGUGAUGGUGUGAGAAAUGUCGGGGGUGUUUUGAACAUGUUAGUUAUUCUGAUUUGAAUUAGUGGGGGAGGAUGAAGGCAAUGGAAGGUUAGAAAAUAAAGAAUGAUUGAAUUAAAUAAUAAAACCACAAAAUGUCGUCCUGAGAAUUUCGAAUGUACAUUUUCUGUUUUGUGUUUUCAGUGUCCUUCGGGGUCUGUACCUUAGUCCUGGGAUACCAGAGUGUAUAGGCUACUUUUGUGUAAUUGUUUUCAAAAUGGAUAUUUAGAAACAUGGCACGGUAUUCGAUUCUGUUUAAGAAUUUGGAAAGAAUCGUUAUAGUGAACCUAAUUUAUACCGUCAUUUGAUAUGUACGCCUACAAAGGAAUCGUUUAAAUUAAGGACGUGCGGUUUGGUGUUUAAUGCUCGGGAUCAAUGGGAGCGGGGAGCUCGAACGCUUUUGCUGGUUUUUUUUUUUUUUUUUUUUUUUUAUAAACAUGUUUUUAAAAUAUGUAUUUUCGACUCCUGAUGACCAAUUUGAAAGCUUAGCAUUCGAGUGCCUUCUGUAGCCAAUUAAAACCUGUGUUAUGUAGAAUACAGCUUACUUUGAAACCCGUUUACAACACUUUUCCUGAAGGAUCUGUCCCUUUGAAUUUGUAUUAAACCAGCCCUAUUUUCAAUAUUCGGUGAGAACUAAAGUCAAACAUGCACAGUGGUGUCCUGGGACGGGGGUCCACGACCUCUGAGGUAUUAUCAAGAAAAAAAAAGAGGAUGACAGAAAUAUGGUCAAAAGAAAGUGUAACAUUACUCCUAGGGUAUACUAAUGUAGUUUGUGUAGAGCCGGCUCUGCGGGAUCACUAAAGAUGUUAAAAUUAAGAGUUGUUCUUUCUAUGAUUGUAAAUGGAAUAAUAAAGAAAACUUCUAGACACUUAAUCUGUUUAAUACGAGAUUUCCACAAGUGGUAAUGUAAUAAAAUUGUUCAUUUUUA